CGGAAAAGGCCCGGCUAAAGGGAGCGAGCGAGGCGGUGUGUGACGGAGCUGUGAAAGGCGGAGAGGAGAGCGGGUUCAGUAAUACACCUUAGGUAUGGCACAGCACAAGAUCUCUCCUGGCCAGCAAGUGGCUGUGGUUUGGGAUAUCCAUUCCUCCACUGAGGCACUCCAGAGUCUUGUAAAGAAUCUUCAGGCCACUGUCGGUGCCGAAGGUCACAUAUCUGUGGAGAACCUCAACCAGCUACUCCAAUCAUCCCACAAGGAGUCAAGGUUUGAUACAGUUCUGUCAGGCGUGGUACCUGGCAGUCUGACGGUGCAUAGUGCCCAAGUACUGGCUGAAAUAGCUCGGAUCAUCAAGCCUGGCGGUCGUGUCCUUUUGAAGGAGGUGGUGACAGCAGAAACAGGUAACAACAGCAAGCUCAAGGCAAUAACCAAGCUCCCCACAGCUCUGACACUCUCUGGACUGGUGGAAGUGAAGGAGUUGCAGAAAGAACCUUUAACAUCUGAACAAACACGGGCUAUCCAGGAGAAGCUAGGGCUGCAGUGUAACAAACUCGUCUUUGUUGAGAUAGAAGGCAAGAAGCCCAACUUUGAAGUGGGUUCCUCGAGUCAGCUCAGACUUUCUUUUGUCAAAAAAGCUGUUCCAUCUGAAAAGCGGGCUGUGGAUCCCACUGCUGCAAAGCUCUGGACCCUUUCUGCCAAUGAUACGAAUGACGAGGACUCGGAUCUCCUGGAUUCAGAUGAGCUGCUGGAUUCUGAGGAUUUGAAGAAGCCAGAUCCCGCUUCCCUGAAAGCCCCUUCCUGCAAGGAGUCUGGAAAGAGGAAAGCCUGCAAGAACUGUACAUGUGGCCUUGCUGAAGAGCUGGAGAAGGAGAAGGAGAAGAAUAACCCGGUGCCAAAAUCUGCUUGUGGAAAUUGUUACCUGGGGGAUGCGUUCCGCUGCGCCAGCUGCCCUUAUGCGGGCAUGCCAGCCUUUAAACCCGGGGAGAAGAUCCUCCUGAACGAGAACAACCUACACGAUGCCUGAGAGGGGGGCGGUAUCAAAGCCUCCUUUUGGCACACAGCUGUUGGGCAGCUUUCAGGCUCCUUGUUCUGCUGGCAAAACUUGGACACAGAAGGACUUUGCAGGGGCAGUCGGAAGGCAGAUGGACCACUGUGUGCUUAAAAAAGGGAAGACUUGCAUUCCGUACUAGCUUUCAUGUAGCAGAUACAUCUUCAGCAUAGAGUUAUGAACUUUAGUGGUUCUUAACACCAACGCACUGGCCCUCAUGGUGUGCCCACUAAGCAACAGGGCUGUCUGCACUGGCAGUUGGCCCUGUAUUUACUCAAGACCACUAGGGCAGCACCAGGUGCUGCCAUGCCAUGCUGUGCUGCCAUCCAAGGAAUUUUAUUUAAUGUGUGCCAAAUGCAGAAUCGCAAAAGCAUAAUUAGAAGGUGGGUGGGGGAAUGAUUGUGGGGUUACGUCCUCACAAUGUGUGAGCAUAUUUUCACUCAAUGUCCCCUCCUGCUGACACAAUUGGAGGUUUCAGAAUUAAAGUUGU